ACUUUCUGGGACUUAGAGAUUUUUGAGCUGGGAAACAAUCUUAUUUCACUUGUCCUAUUCUCAAUUCCACUUCACUGUCAAUCUCACUCCACGGAGGUGAUUUUUGUCACCUCACUUGAGAUGGAAUCGGGAAUAGGUCUAAAAAAGUGAAGUGAGCGUGAGGGUGAAAUAUAUUUCACCGUGAAGUGACUCCCGUAAUAAGCACCACAGUCAGUAUUCAGACGGUUUGCCUAUCUGUCUCUUAGCGGUUAUAUUGAAGUGUUCGGAAUUUGAAUCAAAGCCGAAUUCUGAAUUUUCGUUAUUCUCAUAUGCAAAACUUGUUUUAAUAUAUAUAAAUAGCACUUGAUUGCAAUAAAAACAACUAACUUGCUAAACCUUUGAGAUCGAUGAGAAUAUUUUUCUUUGAUUUUUAGUGUUCGAAAUUUGAUGCUGUACGGUACGAAGUUUAUUUUUUGAAAAUAAUUUUCAUUAUUUAAAAGCAUAACAAACACUUAUAUUCACCACAACAUGAACAAAGAGGCUUUGCGACCGUUCAAGCAAACAGGAUUUUGAGAAAAUUAUUUCUACAUUAAAUAUACUAACCUUUGCUUUACUUAGAUGAAGUCUUAUUUUGUAUUUCUAGGGUCACUGUAGAUUUCUGUAAUGAUUAAUUGUAUGAAAUUACCUUAAUGUAUAUACUAUACAGAACUUCCUGUCGAAUAAGAUUAAUGAAAGUUGCUUCAAGGCCUUGAUCUGUUGCUUAUAAAAUCGAAAAUUCAACUUCAAGUAGCUAGAACUGACAAAAUAUAAUUCUUUAAACAAUAUAAAAUUUACAGUCUCUAUGAUAAAACUAGAUAAAUCAUGUAUUACUUGAAUGAACUUAUUCGGCACUAUGUUUCCAUCGCAACGCUUCUCAGUGGGGAAUAUAGAUUAACUAUUGACAAUUAUUUAUCGAACGAACCAUAGUAUUAUCGCUAAUCAUCUCGAAACAAAACUAAAUACCCCAGCUGCAGGCACGUGCGGAUGCUAAUCAGUGACAUGACACCCGAUAAACUAUUAGACAGAAAGAUAGAUAGACAAGGAGUACAAAAAAAAAAACUAGAUAGCAGUUCGAUAGCUGGUUAUGAUGACAUCCAAAAAUAAAUACAAAACUUGCGCUUGUCUAGUCUGCUGCGCGCGUGCGUGUGUACCGAAGAGCCGGCCAAAAUGUGUGCUGCUCAAGCUUGACAAAAUACGGAUGAUAUAAGUCGACCGGAAAUGCGACCGGGCUGUUAAAAGCUGCGAAAGUUUCGGCUAUCCGAACGCUCGCUUCAGGUGGGGAGAUUAUUCGCCAGUCUGGAAAGUAAUCUUCGCCGGUGUGGAGUUGAGUUUUUUUUUGUUUUGUUUCGUUUUUUUUCGUAGCUCCACCACCGGUCCUCACCGUAGGGAGCAGUCUGAUUGAUAACAACGCGGGCUAUACUUAGUUUUGUUGUGGAGUAUUUUGUUCGAGUGGUGCCGAAUAGGUGAUCAGUAGUGCUUUAAGUUUUAGUAAAAUAAGUUGAGAGCUGUGUUGAGACUAAAUGUUCCAAAGGAUUCUACUCGUGGUGGUACUGACUCUCGGAACAUCGCUAGCAGACGAUGACGCAGCAAAUGUCGGCGUCCGUUCAUUUGCAGCGACUGGUGCUGCGAAUCGAAUCGGUGGCUUUGGAGUCAACUUCAGCGCAAAACGUGACGUACGUUUCUAUCUGUACACGCCACUUACGGCGAACGAACCGCACGUGUUCUCGAUUGAUACGGUGGGGACACUGACACGAACCUUCUACAACAGCAGUCUGCCGGUGCGCAUCGUCAUUCACGGUUGGAUGAACAACUAUACUUCGCUGGCGAUUCAGGGCGUCAAGGAGGCAUACCUGGCGAAGGGGGAGUACAACGUUAUCGGUGUGGACUGGAACAAGGGUGCCGCGGAAGCGUACCUUCGCGCUUCCCAGUACACCCUGGCCGUCGGGUACGUAGUGGCCGAUCUCAUCCAGCGCAUGGUGCGCUCGAAUAUGGCCACUGUGGAGCAGAUCUAUUUGGUUGGUCACAGUCUGGGAGCUCAUAUUGCUGGUUGUGCCGGGAAUUUGGUGAAUGUUGGCAAACUUAAAGUCAUUUUUGGACUCGAUCCGGCAUCGAUUAAUUUCUUCGAAGAUGAACCAAAAACUCGACUCAGUCCUGAUGAUGCUGAGUAUGUGGAAGUGAUUCACACCAGUACGCAGUUCUCCGGCUAUCCUCAUCCUAUCGGGCAGGUGGAUUUCUACGUCAACUAUGGAAAGAAACAACCGGGCUGUCUGUCCGAGUCUUGCAGCCAUGGAAGAUCGAUUGAGGUUUUUAUGGAAUCGUUGACGACUGAGUGCAAAGGAUUCUGGGGUGCCCGGUGUGAUGAUUAUAAUGAACUGAAAACGAAAACUUGUUAUAAUCUGAAGGACCAAGCUCUGCUCGGUGGAGAUCCUCCAAGGUGGAAUAACAGCAAGGGUAUUUACGUGGUGAUCACUGCCGUCGAUCCUCCUUUUGCUUUGGGUUAUAACUACUAAGUGUGAGAGUGAAUAGCAUUGUAUCGAUUGAUAGUAUGAAAUAAAUUAAUAAUCACG